GAAAGAAAGGGAGGUGCGAAGAAGCCGGUCCACCACCCACACAUACCGAAACCUUGAAAUACAACCACCAUUCUCUUGUCCUCUUUCACAACGCCUGAAUCAUCAUCAUCGUCGGUUUUCCCUCCGUUCAGAUCAGGAGAUCGAGAGAGACCGGCAACAAUUCUCCGUCGCCGUUAUCUCCUCUCUCAUCUCCCAAUCACCCUGAUAAAAAACACUCACACUCUACUAUGAUCACAAUAUCCUCUUAAAUCCAUAAAUUGAUGUAAAUACCAUUUUAACAACAACAAUCGAAGUCGUAAAUCAAGUUGAUAUCGCUACAUUCGUUCAUGCGUUCAAAUCAUACGUAACAACAACCCGUUCGGAUGCGAAGAGUAAACGCUGAUGUGGUAAGCAUGGUAGCAUCAGAAACAGAAUCUGAAGCCAUCACAAUGAAAACAGAUAAUAACUUGAAGCUCAAGUUUCGCCCGAACCAAUCUGUUAGAUCCACAAAUCUGUUCUCCAGACAUAAAAAACAACUUCGUCCUCAUCAUCCUCAACAACAACAAGCUCGCCACACGAAACCUAACGGUUUCGUGAUUGGAAUACUAACGCUAGGGUUUGUGAUUGUGCUUGUGACAUCAUGCUAUUUCCUUUUCUAUAUGAAUGAUUCAGUAUCGAAACGGUAUGGAAUUGUGAUAGAUGGAGGGAGUACAGGGAGUCGGAUACAUGUGUUCGAGUAUGAGUUUGAUAAUGGAGGUCCGGUUUUCGAUUUUGGUGGGAAGAAUGGGUUGAAUUCGAUGCGUGUUAGCCCGGGGUUAUCGUCGUUUGUGGAGGAUGUGGAUGGGGCGGGUGAGUCGGUUAUGGAGCUUUUGGCGUUUGCGAAGAGGCGGAUUCCGGAUGAGAAGUGGGGGGAGACUGAGGUUAGGUUGAUGGCUACUGCUGGAUUGAGGAUGUUGGAUUUGAAUAUGCAGGAACGGAUUUUAGACGCUUGUAGAACGGUUUUGAGGCGUUCGGGGUUUGUGUUUCGCGAUGAUUGGGCUUCGGUUAUUUCAGGGUCUGAUGAGGGUGUAUACGCGUGGAUUGUGGCUAAUUAUGCUCUCGGAACUCUUGGAGGCGAUCCUUGUGAAACAACCGGGAUAAUUGAACUUGGUGGUGCUUCUGCUCAGGUAACCUUUUUCUCAAAUGAGUCGAUACCACUUGACUAUUCACAAGCGGUUAAAUUCGGAAACGUCAGUUACAGUCUUUACAGUCACAGCUUGCUCGAGUUUGGUCAGAAUGUUGCAUUUGACUUGGUUCGUGGGUCAAAUGUGGUAAAAGUUUCGAACGUGGGUAGGUACAAACACAAUUUAGUAACCGAGAAUGUCGCUCCUAGUUCUUUAGUAGAAGAAAAGGAGCGAUUUUCGACUCUACGUGCACGUGGCAACUUCUCUGCGUGCAGAUCUGCCGCCUUAACAUUGUUGCAGAAAGGCAAAGAGGCGUGCGCCUAUGAUCAAUGCUACAUCGGCUCAACAUUUAUACCAAAACUUCAAGGAAACUUUUUGGCAACCGAGAAUUUCUUCCAUACGUCUAAGUUCUUUGGGUUGUCACCCAAAACAUUUCUUUCUGAGCUCACAGCGGCUGGAGAACAUUUCUGUGAAGAAGAUUGGUCAACGUUAAAGUCAAAACACCCAAAACUUAACGAUGAAGAUCUGCAUCGUUACUGCUUUUCUUCAGCAUAUAUUGUUGCUUUCCUUCAUGACAGCCUCGGAAUCGCUUUAGAUGAUACAAGGAUCGGAUGUGCUAAUCAGGUAAAUAACAUUCCACUCGAUUGGGCAUACGGAGCUUUCAUUUUUCAGAUCACGAGUGAUGUAAAUAUCAAACGAUCAUACCCGGUAAACUCUACACUCGACGCAGACGCUUCAAUAUUAGGUGGCGGGGUUUUUGCGAUCUUUUUGUUAUUUACGGUAUAUUAUGUAUCAAAAUGGAGGAAGCCCAAUGUAAAGACGAUAUUCGAUCUAGAAAAAGGAAAAUAUAUAUUUACCCGCGUAAGUAGACACUCAUAGGGUCAAUUUGAUUGGUUGGAUGCAACGGAAUGGAACAGAAUGGAAAGGAAUGAUCUAGAUAUGGAAUCAACGAGGUAAUGGAAUCAGUGAUUACAUUACAUGUGUUUGGCUUCAUGAGUUUCCGUUUGAUGAGCUAAACGCUACAAAUGAUAUCAAGGAGACGACGGGUUUGCUGAAGUCAUAGUAAGAGUGGUCCGGGUUCAUUGUACCGGUGGGAAACCGAUGUAAUUUAGCAUUUUUUACUGUCGAUUCGGCUAGCUUUGUAAAGAGGAUGCGUAUAUUUGUGUUCUAAUGUACAAGUAUGUGGAAUCAUCAAAAGUAUAUUGUUUUCGAUU